AUGGCGAAAUACGUUGAGGUUGGAUCGCACAGCGGUCCAUUGCGGAUCCUUUCAAAGAUUCUCCGAGCAGGGAGGAGGACGAGGGAGAACGUCCAAACCGCAGCCACCGACGCGCGACACACGCUUCAGCCGGAAAUACCCGAGGCGUGCAUUCUGUCUUCAUCGCGGCCAGCAGCUCUCUCUACACGACUCAUCGCCAUGUCUUACGUCAUCUUAGGCCGCGUCGUCAAAUCCGAGUACAUCGCGCUCGCCUCCAUUGGCACCGUCGCCGGCAUCGCCGCACUGAAGCUGGGCGGAAAGAAAGAGGCGGCACCCGUCGGUUCAGGCCCAUCCUCCCUGGAGCAGGCGAAGAGUUCCGUGAAGAUUAACGCGGGCUCGAGCGAGGAGGAGCAGUUGGUAAACAGCAUCAAAAAGUACAUAGAAGAGGCGGAGAAAGAGUCAAAACACUGAUGCUUUGUAUCUGGUCAUGCAUGCCAAUUAUACC